AUGGCAGAUAGAGGAUAUUGUGAAAAUUCCUUAUAUAAAAAAAUUAUGUGUACAAAUUGUCCAAAAGAAUGUUUAAAAGAAUGUGAAGUUCCAAAACCAGAUAAAUCAUGUCAUGAUAUUGCAGAAAAUUGUGAAUCAAUUAAGCAUCUUUGUAAUAAUCCAACUUAUAAACCUUUAAUGAGUAAACAAUGUUCAUCUACAUGUGAUACAUGUCCUGGAAAACUACAAAAAAACCAACUACACAUCUUCCAAAAAUUACUACCAAAAAAAUAA